GUUAGAGUAUAUUGGUCAGCACAGACUGUUAUAUUAUCUUAGCAUGAAGCCUGCUAUCUUUUAUCUAUGGGUUACAUGUCCCCUGUUCUGCACAGGAAAUCAAUAUCUGUAUCAAGAUGCCAUCAAUGAUGUAUACUGUGACACAGACGAGAAGUACUUUUCAGUAAAUAUUGAAGACAAUCAGGUACUGCAUGUGGAUUUUAAGGAAAAAACUGUUGUUGACACAUUACCAGACUUUGUAAAUGUGACUUGGGAAAAAUACUAUGGGCUGAUAUAUGCAGACGCUUACGACGAAAUGAAGGAAUUUAAGGACACUAUGGCAUAUAUGGCAAGAGAGCUUGGUUAUCCUCCUGAGGCAAAAGAGCCACCAGUCAGUGCCGUGUAUUCCAGCGAGGAGGUGCUUUUGGGAUUUGAGAACACCCUCGUCUGUUACAUCACCAGGUUCUACCCUCCUCAGAUCACCAUAAGGUGGAUGAGGAAUGACAAGAACGUGACACAGGGGGUGAGCUUAAGCCAGAUCUACAUAAAUAACGACGGUUCCUUCAACCAGUUCUCCACCCUGAAGUUCAUUCCUAAGAAGGGGGACAUGUACUCCUGCACGGUGGAGCAUUCAGCACUUGAUGAACCCCUGACAAGAGAAUGGGAUGUUGAGGUGUCUGAGCCCAGUCUUGGUCCAUCAGUGUUCUGUGGAGUGGGUCUGGCUGUGGGGCUGCUGGGAGUGGCUACCGGAACAUUCCUCCUCGUCAAGGGAAAAGAUAGCCGCAGGCAUCUAGGAGUAGGCCUAUAGAAAUGAGAAACACCCAAUGUAUGAUUCAAGAAAAUCUAAAUUGGUCUAAAUUGAUUUUUUUGUUUGUUUUGUUUUGUUUUUUGCUUUUUGCGUUUUGUAAUAGCUUGUUGAGAAAAAACGCAUAUCAAAAAGCACAUUACACUGAAGUUUACAGACUAACUGAGUUUGUACAUCCACAUACAGUUUGCAGUGUUACUUAUGUGUAAACUAGGAAUUAUUAUGCUUAGUACUUUUACUGGCUUAUUCCCAGUGCUUCUGGUAAAUUUAGAUGUACAAAAUAUGACCACUGCUCAGUCCUGCAUACUCUCUGCUUGUCCAGUUCUCUCCAUCCCAUAUAAUUGCGUGCCUGUGUCUGUAUUUGUGUUUCUGUGUGUGUGUGUGUGUGUGUGUGUGUUUACUCAUGACUAUGUGUGUUCACCAGUUUAUGAGUGUGUGUGCCAGUACUGCCUUUCUGCUCAUCA